AUCUACAUUUGAUAGACAGACUAUCAUAUAUUGCAUUGCAUUUCAACCUUGGUUCUUAUUGCCAAAGUCAGGACACAAGCCUAUCUGCUGUCAACAUGACCAAGUUCGCAAACCUACCCCGCUCUGCCUCGAAACCGUUAGAAUGCGGGCUCGAAGGCCAUGCUCUCCUCCACGAUUCCUAUUUCAACAAAGGAUCAGCUUUCCCCUCGCAUGAGCGCCGCGACUUUGGUCUCCAUGGCCUCUUGCCGCCCAACGUCCAGACACUGGAGGAACAGGUGAAGCGGGCUUAUCAGCAGUACUCUACUCGACCCGAUGAUUUGGCCAAGAACACCUUUAUGGCGAGUAUGAAGGCGCAGAAUCAGGUUUUGUAUUAUCGACUUAUUCAAGAUCAUCUCAAAGAAAUGUUUAGUGUGAUCUAUACACCUACUGAAGGCGAUGCGAUUCAGAAUUAUUCCCGUAUAUUCCGUAAACCAGAGGGAUGCUUUUUGAAUAUUCAUGACGUCGACAGGAUCGAGCAUGACUUGAAACAGUUUACGGAGAAUGGGACGAAUGAAGAUGUGGAUUAUAUUGUUGUCACCGAUGGAGAGGAGAUUCUAGGUAUUGGCGAUCAAGGAGUAGGAUCGGUGUUGAUAUCAGUCGCAAAACUGGUGUUGACGACUCUGUGCGCUGGGAUUCACCCUGCGAGACAACUUCCAGUUGUUCUAGAUUGCGGAACGGAUAAUGAAACCCUUCUCAAGGAUGAUCUAUAUCUCGGCCUUCGGCAUAAAAGAGUCCGGGGAGAGAAAUAUGACCGAUUCGUUGACCGAUUCGUCAACAGCGCAAAGAAGAUUUUUCCGAAUGCAUAUAUCCAUUUUGAAGACUUUGGUCUGCAUAACGCCCGACGACUCCUAGAAAAGUACCGCCCACAAAUUGCCUGCUUCAAUGAUGAUGUCCAGGGAACAGGUUGCGUUACUCUUGCAGCUCUCAUGGCUGGCCUGCACGUCAGCAAAGUCAAACUUGCCGAUGUUCGAAUCGUCAUUUUCGGGUCGGGAACUGCAGGUACCGGUAUAGCUGAUCAGAUCAGAGAUGCCAUUGCCACAGAGAGCGGCAAGUCAAAGGAAGAGGCUGCUAAACAGAUAUGGUGCAUCGACAAGCCAGGUCUCCUGUUCAAAUCGCACGGGGACAAACUAACACCAGCACAAGUCCACUACGCACGAGAUGAUUCGGAAUGGGAGGACCACAACCAGACUGAUUUGUAUAACGUUGUCAAAAAAGUCAAACCACACGCCUUGAUCGGUACAUCAACCAAGCCUAAUGCCUUUUCCGAAGACAUUAUUAGAGAAAUGGCCAAUCAUGUUGAUCGUCCUAUCGUCUUUCCCUUGAGUAAUCCGACACGACUACACGAAGCGCAUCCCAACGAUAUCAAUGAAUGGACGGAGGGGAAGGCUUUGAUAGCAACCGGCAGUCCGUUUCCACCUGUUGAAUACAACGGAGUAAAAAAGAAAUCGCGGAAUGCAAUAAUUCCACCUGCUUCCCCGGAAUCGGUCUAGGUGCGGUACUGAGUCAAUCCCGCCUACUAUCAGACAAGAUGCUGGUGGCAGCCGUCAAAGCACUAGCAGCUCAAUCCCCUGCCCUUCGAGACCCCAACGAGCCUCUUCUACCAGACGUUGAGGACGUGCGCGAAAUCAGCGUCCACAUCGCCAAAGCAGUGAUCCAGACAGCUGUUGAAGAAGGAUUGGCCCAAGAAGAGGGUAUCCCGGAAGACGACAAGGAAUUGGAGGAAUGGAUUCGCGAGCAAAUGUGGGAUCCUGUGUAUCGGCCGUUGGUGAAGCCUCGGUCAAACUAGUCGGCCGAUGUUCCUCGUACGUAUGAGUAAUUUGUAAUCAAAUUAUGCACCUGAAUAAAUGUGAUGAAUGAAUGAUAUGAUUAUGAUUCC